UGUUCUGCUGUGUAGAUUUGUGAACUCCUCUCGCGGGUGGAAGAUAAAAAAUCGCGACUUUUCCGAUCAAGUGUUUCUGUGAAUGUAGAGAAAAGUGCGCUAAAGUGCAGAUUAACGAAUGGUACGGUUAUUAUGAAUGAAUUUGACCGGUUUCGGUUCGGAUAAGGGGGUUUUUUAAUCCAGUCAAAUUUGCGGGUCAACUUUUUUUUCUGGCAAUUGUGAAAAGUCUUGGAGAAGCAUGUACAACAAUGAUCUAGCUUGCUUGCUGGUAGUGGCAAUGUUGGCGGUAGAAAACAUCGGUGUGUGAGUGCUUACUGCUGACAGUUCUCUUCGUGAAAUUUGCCCUACGCAGCUGGUGUGUGUUUGUGUGCUUGCGACUGUUUGGCAUCUAGUCAGCGUUGUCAGACAAUAAAGAAUGAUUUUUUCGGAAAUUGCUGUGAAUUAAAUAUUUGUUACAUGAACGUAAUUUCGCACAUGAAUCAUAAAAAUAUCAUAAUUGUUGUGACAACUAGUCCGUUCCAGUUCAGUUUAAAAAUUUCCAAAUAUCUGUUUCAGUGAUAAUCAGUCUGAAUUAGACGCGGCUCUGCUGGAUUUAUAGCUGAUAGAUAGCAAAUCGUACAUCCUCGCACUAUCCGCAAGCUGCCAGCGCAUUCAUCGUGGCGUCGUCCGUUGAGGAAAUGGGCGAGGUUGGAGCAGCCGCCAAUGAACAUCCCACGCCCGACGAUGUCAAGGAGAAUGGCGAAAUAAACGGCAACAGCGAUACACCGAAGUUGGACAAAGUAAGCGAGAUCCCUGCCAAGGUUGCGACCCGGGUCGAGGAGCAGAAGCAGCUGGAGAUUACCACAAAAGUGGUCGCUCCAAGUGAGGGCAGUGAAGUGGACGAAAACUCACAGGCUUCACGUCCCAUAAGCAGUAAUGGCCACACGGAUGGCGAAGGUGACGAAACAUCGCAGGAUGCUGGGGGUGAUACGGAAGAAAGCAGACCGGACUUGGCCCCUGUGGAUAGUGAGAAUCAGGACACCGUAGAGUCGAUGGAAGUGGAUGCUGACGAAAAUGAGGGUGGUAGAAAAUCACAAAGUUUUGAUGAAAAUAGUGGAAAGGAUCCUUUAGACGAUGGAGUCAGUGUAGAUAGUUCAGUCGAUCUGAAAUCCAAAGGAGACAAUGAGUCCAUGGAUGUUGAUGCGCCUACAAAUGGUCACAAUACUAAUGAGAAGACGGAAAGUGAGAUGAUCGAUGACGAUAGUGACAAACCGGUCAGUAUUAAUUCGGAUUCGGAGCUCGAAGAGGAUCCUGAACCAGUUAAGAAUGUAGUGCCGGAUAGUUUGGAUGGCAAUUCCAAGUCGAACGACGCCAUCUCCAUGUCUAGCAAAUCCAAUGGGGGCAAUUCCAAACAGCACAACGGUGACUGUGAUAACGACGUAACAAUUCUCAGCGAUAAGGAGGAAGAUUGUGUAGUGAUUGAUGAUGAAGAUGGUGAUACAAAUACUAGCAGUACGCCUAGUCAAAAGAAACCGGAUGUGGAUGAGCUGUCCCCUAGAAGAAGUUCUAGGAUGCGAAAAAGUCUUCUGACACAGGAUAUUUCCACUAUAGACGAUGAUGACGAUAUUGAAGAAAUUAUCGAUGAUCCACUGAAUAUAGCAGCGGCAGCAAAGAAACCCCGACUUUCAAUAAACUUAUCGCUGCAGCAAAAUUCAUUCAAAAGUCAACUGGCAAUGACUCCUCAGCCUCAGAAGUCGCUUCUAACUACCAACCAGAAUAGUGCCACAAAGGAACCAACACUGGUUAUAAUCGACACCAAUACGUUGAUGAAUCGUUCUAAUCCGGCGACACCAAAGUCUCUCAACAGUUCGUAUUCAUCUCUCCCGGCCGGACUGUCCCCAAACAGUUCAUUCAACUCGCCUCGCACGGUUAUAAAUCCGGUGGCUGCUGCUGCCACAAACCUUAUCUCAAAAACUAUUCCGCCACCAUUGGCUCCCGUCACGCCCCUUUUACCUGCUCUAACCGACGAUAUGUUUGUGCUGGAAGCCCCGUCCUUUAUCGUUCCUUAUAUCUAUGAAAAGCCCCCGCAAGAAAAUCUCCGAGACAUUGUCAACGAACUAGAGGUGAGAAUUAAGGAAAUGCGAAAAAAGUUAGAGGACACUACUAAGGAUGAAGAUAGCAAUAGUAAAAAUGAAGACGAAAACAGCCAGGAAACGGCAGUUAGUGCUGGGAAAAAAUCAUCGACUUCUGGUGAACCUGAGUCCGAGGUGGACAAAAAGAAAAAGUCGAAACGAAAACGAAUGCCUGACGAUGAUGAAGAGUGGGAUGAACUGAAUACUUCAACUGACGAUGAAGCUUCCGAUGAGGAACAAAAGACCAAGGUUCUAAUAAAAGAAGUUCAGUCGGAUAUCGAAAUGAUCAAAGAACACAUUAUUACCCCCGCGUCGAAAGAGGAUCUGUCCACUACGGGCAGCACUACUCAGACUGAUCCGAAGAAAUCGGAGAACUAUUUUGAAAAUCCUCUCGGAAAAUUUUUCAUGAACAUCGGUGUGAAUCUAGUACAGGAGUAUGUACAGACUGAUUUGCUCCGACAGCAGAAGAAGAAACGCGAUCGAGAAGGAAAACCGUCUGCGAGUACCCAGAUGGCCAUCAAUUCGCUGAUGAAGAACCUGGAACUGAGCAAAGAAAACAACAGACCGUUCAAGUACGACAUGAAACGUUGCGAAUAUUGCCCAUUCAAAUCGGAAUCGGCGUUGGCAAUGGCGCACCAUUACGAGACACCGCACAUGCGCAGCUACGUCUACAAAUGUAACUUCUGUUCGUAUGAAACCCGUCCACCGCACGACAUACUCUACCACAUGGAAGCGAUGCACAACGUCAAAGGACGACUGGAGAAAGCAGCCAUGUACCAUGCAUGUCCCAACUGUCCGUUCGAAGAUAACGGCAAAUCGAAACUCGCUCGGCACGCUGUGGCCUGUGCGAAGAAGUUCCGACCGGAGAUCAACUUGAACCCACCGAUCGACUGGGAGCCACCAGCGAAAAUUCCCCGCAUUAAACCUAAGCAUGGUUUGGUGGGCACGGCAACGGCUUAUCAGGCUAUGACCGCCCAGCAACAGAAGAAUCUGGCGCUGGCAACUCAACGAAUACAGGCAGUCAAUAAUAUCAACCCGGUCAAUAUCAACAACAUGUCGGUGGCGGCACAGGCAGCGGCCAUGCGGGCCCGAUCGGGUCGACCGCAGCCCGUUUCUCCGGCUACACCAACGAAUCUGCUACGAACAGGUCCUGGUAACGUUGGCGCACUGCGAACGUCGAUGUCCCCCGGAAUGGUAAUACCCAAUAACUUCCAGCUCUCCGCAGCGGCAAUCGCCGCUGCCGCUAAUAAGUUUUUGCCGAACUCUAUGGGCAUGAAACCAGGUAUGAAACCUACUCAGACGCCCAGCAUCUCCAUUACUCCCCUGCCUCGACAACCUAACCCUACCAACAUGGCGGUCGCAGGAGCUCUGUCCAAGUUACAGGCUGCCGGUACGUCGGCGAUCAAACCGGGACAGAAUCCAGCCGGUGGCAAGACGGCAUUCGUCGUUUGCGAAAUCUGCGAUGGUUACAUCAAGGACCUGGAUCAACUGCGUAAUCAUAUGCAGUGGAUACACAAAGUGAAGAUUCACCCGAAAAUGAUCUACAAUCGCCCUCCACUAAACUGUCAAAAGUGCCAGUACCGUUUCUUCACCGAUCAAGGUCUGGAGCGACAUUUAUUAGGUUCGCACGGUUUGGUGACAAGCUCCAUGCAAGAAGCCGCUAAUAAGGGCAAGGAUGCCGGACGUUGUCCGGUUUGUGGAAGGGUUUACCAGUGGAAGCUGCUGAAUCACGUUUCUCGAGAUCACAACAUGACACUGAAACCGGCUCACCUCUCCUACAAAUGUACGGUAUGUACGGCCACGUUCGGUAUGUACAAGCAGUUUGAAAGCCACGUGUAUUCAGCGCACAGUACGGUCGCGAAAAAGGCACUGGACAACAAGAACAAACCACAAUCGGCGGUAGCGGGAGCUGGUAGCAGUGCAGUGCCGAUGCGAAAUUCGGUCGGUGGUGGCAAUGAUUCUCUGCUGAAACCGUUGAAGAUCAACGAUGAAAUAACGAUCAUACCGCAACCGACGGGCAACAAGGGGGUUGCACCGAAAACGAUUGAAAUCGAAAGUCAUGUUAUAGAUUGAACAACACUUCCGGUUUUACCAAUUAACUAGGACAAAGUUUUUUACUAUACCAAUUACCACUUUCUGAUCGGAUGUAUCUUGUAAACAAAGCAGCACAGAAAAAAAUACAUUAUUAAGGCAAGCUGGAAAUAAAGCAUUAAGCUCAAGCUUCUUUCUUUCUACUUAUUCGGGUGCCGAGUUCGAUGGUCCAGUCGCGUUAUACCCUCGAUGUUUUAUUCCGAAAAAUAAGUUUCUUGAAUAAAUUGCGAAUAACGAUGGCGGAAAUACAUAUUUGAUUGAUCUGUUUGAAACAAUAGCGACAGUCUCCAUAGAGCAUAUAGCGCAAACGAGUUCCUAUUGAUCAAAUACUAUUUUUUUCAAUUUGAAUUGUCCCGAUUUGGUUUGAAGUUACAUACCAGAUAUCUAAAUAACUGACAAAAAGAGAGAUUUAGAUGAGACUCGCUGAAUAGGUACAUGCAUAUACAUAGCUGUAAGAGUCGCUCCGUUCACAUUUGUGUAGGUUCGUUCCCCCUUAGCCAACCAAUAAAUUCUGGUGUAUCAUAGUACCGUGUUUAUGACAUAAUUUAUUAAGUCCAACUUUGUAUGAAAACACAAACGUGUACAGGCUCCGUAUACGCGCAUAACCAUAUGAUUUUGUGAAACGUGAAGGAGAAAACACUAUAAAACAAGCAAAUAUUAACAAUGCAAACCCUACAAGAACGUAAAACAUUCGUUUUGUUUGAGUAAUUGUCAAAGAAAAACAAAACAGAAAUCGUGAAUUAUCGAAAGCUGCUGAUUGGAAAAAAGUUAGAAUCCUGUUAUUGCAAAAUUUUGGUAUUUAGCUGUACAGCAUUGCAACAGGAAGGCACAAGGUGCCUGGUAGAUAUCCGAUCUCGGGAUGAUUCUGAAACAUAAAUAUAUUACUGCAAAAAAUAAGGUUCGGGAAUAAAAAAAAAUCAGCAAAGUAUAAACGGAUGGGCUUGCUUUCUUGUAUUUUGUAUAUUUUUGAAUUUGAAUAAUUUAUUUGUUUUUAAGAGAACAUAAUUAAUCUAUCGUUUAGAAUGUAAUAACUAGAUUGUGGUUACAACUAAGCGUAGUGAGUAUACCUAAGUUAAACUAUUUUCAAAUAGAGAUAUAAUCGGUACAGAGCAUCUUAUUGUACUGUGAAGGUGCGUGAAAGAAAAGCAAGUACAUAAUAAUAGAUGCGUGUUUUCACAGAUUUUGAAGCAGUACCGUGCACUAAACCUCAUCAGGCAAAAAAAAGUAAACAGAAGCAUAAACUGUAGAAGAAACUUGCCAAUGACUGGCUAGCCGGAGUAUGUUUAUGCAAAAGGAAAAUUAUAACGGUAAUGCUACAAAAAAUACUUUAUAGUCUAAAUAAACUGAUAAUAAGCAAGGACA